GGGAUGCUUACUUAGCAAAACUCACUGAAGCUGACCCUGUGACCUGAGCACUCAUACCAUUAUAAGUGGAAAGGCACACCAGGCAACAUGGACUCCCCAGUGUACAACUGCUUUGUAGACAAAGACAAGAUGGAUGCUGCCAUCCAGGAUCUUGGACCAAAGGAACUGAGCUGGACUGAGCUUCAGGAGCUCAAACAGCUGGCUCGAGAGGGCUUCUGGGCUCAGAGCCACACCUUGCGGGGAAAGGUAUACCAGCGCCUAAUUCGGGACAUCCCUUGCCGCACAGUUACACCGGAUGCCAGUGUGUACAGUGACAUUGUGGGCAAGAUUGUAGGCAAGCACAGCAGCAGCAGUCUGCCUCUGCCUGAGUUUGUGGACAACACUCAGGUGCCUAGCUACUGCCUGAAUGCCCGAGGUGAGGGGGCUGUACGCAAGAUCCUCCUGUGCAUUGCCAACCAGUUCCCCGACAUCUCCUUCUGCCCUGCGCUGCCAGCUGUGGUGGCCCUGCUGCUCCACUAUAGCAUUGAUGAGGCUGAAUGCUUUGAGAAGGCCUGCCGUAUCUUGGCCUGCAAUGACCCCAGCAGGAAGCUCAUUGACCAGAGCUUCCUGGCUUUUGAGUCAUCCUGCAUGACAUUUGGAGACCUGGUGAACAAGUACUGCCAAGCAGCCCACAAACUAAUGGUGGCUGUGUCAGAAGAUGUGCUGCAAGUCUACUCUGACUGGCAGCGCUGGCUUUUUGGGGAGCUACCCCUCAACUACUUUGCCCGUGUCUUUGAUGUCUUCCUUGUAGAAGGCUACAAAGUAUUAUACCGUGUAGCCCUGGCCAUCCUCAAGUUCUUCCAUAAGGUAAGAGCUGGGCAGCCCCUUGAAUCAGACAAUGUGAAGCAGGACAUACGCAUGUUUGUCAAGGACAUUGCCAAGACUGUGUCCCCUGAGAAGCUGCUAGAAAAAGCAUUUGCCAUUCGUCUCUUCUCUCGCAAGGAGAUCCACCUCCUCCAGAUGGCCAAUGAGAAAGCACUGAAACAGAAAGGCAUCACUGUCAAGCAGAAGAGUGUCUCACUUUCUAAAAGGCAGUUUGUGCACUUAGCCGUCCAUGCAGAGAACUUUCGCUCAGAGAUCGUCAGUGUGAAGGAGAUGAGAGAUAUUUGGUCCUGGGUCCCUGAACGAUUCGCCCUCUGCCAGCCCCUCCUGCUCUUCUCCUCAUUGCAGCAUGGGUACAGCCUGACCAGGUUCUUUUUCCAGUGUGAAGGACAUGAGCCAACCCUCUUGCUCAUCAAGACCACACAGAAGGAGGUGUGUGGAGCUUACCUAUCAACGGACUGGAGUGAGAGAAAUAAAUUUGGCGGCAAACUGAGCUUCUUUGGAACUGGAGAAUGCUUUGUGUUCAGGCUGCAGCCCGAGGUGCAGCGUUACGAGUGGGUGGUCAUCAAGCACCCGGAGCUGACCAAGCCGACCUCCUUCUUGUCCUCAGAGACCAGUACUCACUCUCCACUUAGCCACUCUGUCCCCUCAGACCCUGCUGACCGGCUCUCGCCAUUCCUCGCUGCUCGGCACUUCAACCUGCCCUCCAAGGCUGAGUCUAUGUUCAUGGCUGGGGGCAAUGACUGCCUCAUCAUUGGAGGAGGGGGCGGCCAGGCACUCUACAUCGAUGGGGACCUGAACCGGGGCCGCACAGGACACUGUGACACUUUCAACAACCAGCCCCUGUGCUCUGAGAAUUUCCUUAUUGCUGCAGUGGAGGCCUGGGGCUUCCAAGACCCUGACAUCCAGUGAUGAACCUGCACUGACGAGCCUGAAGCUUUCUGGGCCUCACUGCAAGUCCACACCUGAAGAAGUGACCCAAGAGGGACCCUCUUUGACCAGCCCUAUACCAGCCAACUCCAUAUUCAGGCACUUGCUCAGAGAUGCCUGGAUUCAUGGGAGCUUCUCUGCCCUCCUCUCUAGCCUGGUGGUCACCUCAAGCCCAUUGCAGUCUCUGUAGCUGCCUCUUUUCUCUCAUUACUACAGUGACCUCGUCUAGAGUCACACCCAAAUCCCUCAGCAUGGCAUGCUUAUUUCAAGCUCACUUCCUCUUCUCUUCUAGGCUUUGCACCUCCCUGGUCCUGUCCACACAGCACCUCUUGGGUCACUCUGCCUGGGAGUACAUCCUCCUCCUAUCCCUUCUAUGUAUGGUGCUGUGGCUGGCCACAUGUCAUAGCUUUCUAUGUGCUUUCCCUUCGUGCUUAGAGUCUUAAGGCUAUUUUGCCCCUGUGUUGCCUGUGUGCUAGCUGGAUAGUCAUAGGUGCUGAGGGAUAUCUAUAGCCCCACAACUCUUCCCCAUCUGUUGUAUAACUUCUCUCAGCUGGUCCUGAGGCUCUAGGCAUCACAAAGGGAAGAGGGGAUAAGCAUUACCCAAGUGGCCAUUUGGGGGGCCUUAGAGACGUAGGCCAUAUGGACAGGUGACCAUUCCCAUCAUGUCUGUAGCUGACUCCCCACCAUGGGCUAUUCUGUGUCCAUCCCCACAUCUAUACUUGGUUUCCUGCAAGGGAUGUCAUCCUUCCUUGACCUUUCACUCACAUUGUUUUUGAGUGGGGUCAGGAGGUGUAAGAGGCAGAACAAAAAUCCUGUUUGGUUUUAAGCAAGCUGGUAAGCCUUCCCUGGGCUUAUGUUUCUCACUUGUGAAAUACACUGGUGCUCUAUCUCUGUUCUCAUGGACAGGGGAACCUUCUGAGGCCCUCUUGAGAGAUACAGGGAGGGGGUGUCACCCCCACAGAGCAAUGCCACCCCUUCUUCUGAGUUCCCACUGCCCUGGCCUGUAAUGCCAACUUUGGUGUUCAUUAAACAUGGUCUUGUUGGAUUAACUUGGGGUUCUGAGUCUGGUCUCAUUUUCAGCCAGAGGAGUCCUUAAGCCUUCCCGAUGCUUGUUUGUACAUUGUCACUAGGACAUGAAAGCCUUUUGACAAAUGUAGUUUUUCAGAUGAAGUUAAUCGUGAACAUUGUUUGUAGGGCUCUGCAUAUUUCCUGACUGGAUGGGAAGUCCACUUCCGGGCAAUGAGUCCAUUAGGAUCUGUGGCUGCCCUAAGGGGCUCUACUCAACCUUUACCCUUCCAACAUGGGUCUAGCAAUAGGACUGGUUGCCAACUUGUGAUGUCACCAUCUUAAGCAAAGUUCUUCAGUUGUAUGUGCACGUAAAAUAGUUUCUUUAGAUUUACUCUUUUUUCCCCUUAUUUUGCUACCAAAAUGUAUCUGAUUAUCUUUUAUUUUUAAAAUUAUCUCUGUUUUC